AUGGUGACAGCAACAACCACCCUCGCCCUGCAAAAGGGCCACGCUAAGAAGACACCACCAAAGAAGCCUCACCAGCAAAGGGCUUCCAAGACAAAGGCAUGCUACAACUGUCAUCGGAAACGCCUUCGCUGUGACAAAUCGCUGCCUUCCUGUCUCAAAUGCUCCAUCAACGGCGAGGAAUGUCUUGGCUACGGCAUCGUCCUGCGCUGGGCUGCCUGUAAUUCACCCACCUCUACCACAACCACUAGGACUACUAACAAGACCAACACCAACACAUCACGAACCGUCAAGUCACCCACGACAACUCAAGCUUCAAGACCGAGCAACCCUCCCCGAAUCAUUACCGAUGUCACUAGUAACUAUUCACCCCAUAGCAGUAUUAGUAAUACCACAACCGCCAGCAUCGCAUCUCCAACUCUAACUGAAGCCGAAACCAUCGACAACUUGACUGUGGAGACACCAAUUGAUAACUAUGCCGACCUUCCACCACAAACACCAAAUGAUAACCACGAGACAAGCUCACAAAUGAUCAAAAGACCCAUCAACUUCAUCAAAAUUCCAUUAACAGACCCUAUACUCAAUGGCCUCUCAUCCAAGGAAAAAUGGUACAUGCAUCAUUUCGCCACGAUUGUUUGUCGAGACCUAGUCUCGAUUGACCAGAAGGAACGGAAUCCCUUUCGGGCCAUCAUCCCUUUGGUUCGCAAGUUUAACUACCUUCAGUCAGUCGUCCUAGCAACAGCAGCCAUGCAUCUUUCCACGCUUCACAAGUAUCAGGGUCAAAGUUUGCCGUCGGAGACCGCCCUAGUCGAUGCUUUGAUGCUCAAGUCCCGGGCACUCCACCUUCUUCGCGCUGCCAUCAGUGAGGACACCGUCACCGACAAGGCGAUGAUCCUCUCCGCCAUCGUCUUCCUCGUCAACCUCGAUCUCAUCGACUCCGGCCGAGGAGGCUGGAAAGCCCAUGUUGAAGCCGCCCGGCGUCUGAUCUCAUCGCUAUACCUCACCAGGGCACACCUCGACGGGGCCAUCGCCCCCUUGGUCAACGCCAUUGCCGCCGACUGUCUUACCUAUCGCAUCUACGGCUCAACCAUCAGCGGCAACACCUCGUCGUCUGAUAAUACGCUCGAUGACGGGGUCGUGUUGCCGUACAUUUUGCAGAAUGCCGAGGCAUACAGCUACCAUUGCGCACCGCCGGCUAUCCUUCAGAUGAUUCUGUCUGCUAGCCAACUAUGCAGCGGCAGCUCCACGACAUUGGAAACAGAUGGAGGGGUGGAGAGGAUUGCUACCGCGGCGGUGUUGCUUCACAAGGCACGUAAUUUUGACGUGCAGACAUGGGUGUACAACAUCAACGGCCUGCCGCCAGAUGACGACUUGGAAGCGCGGGUAAGCGUGGCGUCAGCACACCGCGCGGCAGCCUGCUUAUUUGUCUUGUUGUCGGUUCCUGAGGCCGGAUUGCUUGAGUUGCCUCUGCUAGAGCCGAAGGAUCUAGUGCAAGAGAUUCUUGGACACUUGUCCUGCAUCCCAGAAGAUCACGUCCACUUGAAAGGAACGGUGUGGCCGACUUUUAUUGUUGGCGCGGAGACGAACGAUUUGAAUGAGCGGGCUUGGUGCCUGGAGCGGUUGGUGGCGGUUUGGACCAAGAAUCCUUGGACCUAUCCGUGGGGAUAUGUGCACACGGCGACGGAGAUGUUGCAGGAGAUUUGGAGGUCGAAGGAUUUGGCGGCGCAGCAGGGUGACGAUGGCAUCAACUGGUUGCAGAGGUUGAAGGCGACUGGGAAUAGUUGCUUGAUUGUAUAG